AUUUACCUUCACACCACCAGCCAUCGUCAUCCUCCUCACAACAGCCACAGCCAUAACAACCCUCGCAGCUCGGCACACAUUCAUAUCCGCAAUUCAUGCCCAAUAACAUGCACCCACCGCAGCAGUCUUCUGGCACCCCACGUUCCCCUACAUUCCUUCGUGCUGUGCCAAACGUGCCAGGCCAGUCUCGACCUCCCGCCACCUCUUUAUUUCUCCUCCCUCCGGUGUUCUCUCCCUCCCUCCAAUGUUCUUCUCCCUCCCUCCAGUGUUUUCUCCCUCCCUCCAAUGUUCUUCUCCCUCCCUCUGGCAUUUUCUCCAUCCCUCCAAGGUUCUUCUCCCUCCCUCUGGCGUUUUUCCCCUCCCUCUGGCAUUCUCUCCCUCCCUCUGGCAUUCUCUCCCUCCCUCUAGUGUUCUCUCCCUCCCUCUACAUUCUUCUCCCUCCUUCCAGGAUUCUAUCCCUCCCUCCAACGUUCUUCUCCCUCCCUCCAGUGUUCUUCUCCCUCCCUCCGGCAUUCUUCUCCCUCCCUCCAGUGUUCUUCUCCCUCCCUCCGGCAUUCUUCUCCCUCCCUCCAGUGUUCUCCCUCCCUCCUGGCACUCACGCAGGAGUUUAG